CUUUAAUCAGCCCCGCAGCUUCUAACUCUCUCGCAGAUCAAUCACAUGCUGCUGCUGCUCUGCAAACUUGGAGACGUCAAGGAACAAGGCGGUGCUACACUUGAGCAGAGGGGUCAUAUCCUACACACAGCAUAUACUCCUCAGCCAGGGUAAAGGUCUGUGUGCCACUCACUCCCUCCUGGAAAACACUGGCAGGAGUUUGCAGCGCUCAGCAGCAUGGAAGUAACCAAAGGAGAGGACCGCUCGGCUGAACAGGCUGCGUCUUUGUUUGGGACACCAGAGCUGGAGAGUCAAAGGGGAAACACUGAACGAGGAAAGAAGAGGAAUAACCUCUGGAAAAUCAUCAUUGGGGUUCUGCUGCUGUGCUUACUGGUGAUCAUCCUCGCAGUGGUUCUUUCUCUGAAGAAGAGCAAUAAUGGGAAAGAAGGAGAACUCUGGCUACAGCAGGAAUCGGCCGACAGUCAUCUCCCACAGUGUCCACCUGGAUUUAACAGGUCCCCUCUCAUCCUGGUGUCCUUGGACGGUUUCAGGGCGGAGUACCUGAAAGAUCACGCCAGCCACCUUCCUAUCAUCAACAAGUUACGAAACACUGGAGUCACAACACCAUACAUGAGGCCUGUUUAUCCCACAAAGACCUUCCCCAACCACUACAGCAUUGUGACUGGUCUUUACCCUGAGUCUCAUGGGAUUGUGGAUAACAAGAUGUACGAUGUGGACCAAAACGCUUUCUUCAGCUUGAAAACUGAGGAGAAGUUCAACCCAAAGUGGUACCAAGGAGAGCCGGUCUGGGUCACUGCCAUUCGUCAGAAACUGAGAGCAGGAACCUUCUUCUGGCCUGGCUCUGAUGUAAACAUCAAUGGCACCUUCCCCACCUUCUACAAGUUGUAUGACAAGAGCAUUUCAUUUGAACAGAGAGUGUCGACAGUGUUCGAAUGGCUCAGUUUACCUCAGGAAGAAAGACCCGACCUCUACACUUUGUACCUGGAUGAACCUGACUCAUCAGGACAUCGUUAUGGUCCAACGAGCAGCCAGGUCGUCUGGGCCUUGGAAAAAGUGGACAAGAUUUUGGGCAUGCUGAUGGAUGGCCUGACAGAGAGAAACCUGCACCACUGUGUCAACAUUAUAAUCACAUCAGACCACGGCAUGGAGGAGGCUUCCUGUGACAAAGCUUCAUAUGUGUCAUCAUACGUGGACAACACUGGCUUUGCUGUCAUUCAAGGUCCGGCUGCUCGCAUCAGACCCAAUACCCUCCCAGGGGAUUUCUUUUCCUUCGACUAUGAAGGCCUGAUAAAGAACCUGUCGUGCAGGACCUCUGACCAGCCAAUGAGGCCGUACCUCAAAGAAAACCUCCCCAAAAGGAUGCACUUUGCUAAAAACAAACGCAUAGAGAGAGGACACCUCUACAUGAAGGAAGGGUGGCAGGCUGCACUAAACAGCAGAGAGCUCAAAUACUGCUCUGGCGGAUUCCAUGGAUCAGAUAACCUCUUCACCAACAUGCAGGCGAUCUUCAUCGGCUAUGGUCCAGGAUUGAAAGAAAACACUGUUGUGCCUCCUUUUGAAAACAUUGAACUAUAUAACCUGAUGUGUGAUCUCCUCGGUGUUCGUCCCGCUCCAAACAACGGGACUCAUGGCAGUCUGAACCACCUCCUGAAGCAUCCUGUCCACCUGCCAGUUCACCCCGCUCAGCUCUCCCAUGACUCUCCCUGUGAGGGUAGUGACCCCGCUCCUGCUGAGGAACUGCAGUGCACCUGUGCAUCCCAAACCAAGGCAGAGGAGAUAGAUUUGAACAGAGCUCUCAUGACGACUAAUUCCAGUGUUAAAGCCAGCUUACGUCGCCUCCACCAUCCCUUUGGCAUCCCUCGGGUCGUCCAACCAGACGCAACCUUUUGUCUCCUCCACCAAUCGGACUACCUCAAUGGGUACAGCAAAGACCGCCUCAUGCCCCUGUGGGUAUCGUACACCAUCCAGCCUCUGACCAAAAUCCAAACCCUGAGCCCAGAGGCGGAGGAGUGUGUUCGUGCUGACGUACGCAUCCCACCGGCCAACAGCCAGCUGUGUCUGCGCUACAGAAGUGACCCCGCUCUGUCCUUCGGCCUGCUGCAUCCCCCAAAUCUGAGUGCCAACGGACCCAUGACAGACUCUCUAAUCACGAGCAACAUGGCACCAAUGUUCCCUGCAUUUAAAGAUGUUUGGACCCAUGUCCAUGAUGUCCUGCUUCCAAAAUAUUCACAACAGCUGAACGGAGUCAACGUCAUCAGUGGGCCGAUAUUUGAUAAGGACUACGAUGGAAAUGUUGAUGCACUGGAAGCACCUACAGGGAACGAAGCUCCCAUCCCGACACACUUCUUCCUGAUCCUGACCAGCUGUGGGAACUCGACCUUCAGCCCUGUUAACUGCGAGGGUCCGCUGCAGGCCAGGUCCUUCAUCCUGCCCAACAGGCCUGACCACACGGAGAGCUGCCCUAGCGGGUCAGACUUGUCGUGGGUGGAGGAUUGGAUGAAGUUCCACACGGCGCGAGUCCGAGACAUCGAGCACCUGAGUGGACUCAGCUUCUACCACGACAGGAUAUCAGUGGAAGAGACGCUACAACUCAAGACGUUUCUACAGACUGCUUAACAUCAGAGACAUUAUUAAACCCAAUAGGAAGCCAUAUCGGUCUGCACAGCAGGCCUCUGUCCACGUGGACACAGUUAACGACGUGUUCAAAACAAAUUGCUCCCAACUUCAAGUUCCAUCCACUUUUUUUAUGAUAUUUCUCAUUCCCCCUCAAAUCAAUGUGUGAUAGCUGUAUAUUUGUUUUUGAUGAUGUUUUUAUAAAUGAUUUUAUAGAGAACAUUCACAGGGCAUUUUUGUAAACGAGGCUCCGGAGCUCCGACCCAAAGACGCCGUCACGUCUGCUGAGUGGCUCCAAAGCAUUUCUUCGGACGGGAACAAAAUAAAAGGGAAAAGAAACAUUUAUUGAUGGAAGAAGAAUCUAUUUAUACUGCAGUUGCUUUUAUUGGCAGAGGCACUUCAAGAAACACAUGACCAUCUGGAAACGUUUGUGUCCGCUGCCUCACAUCUGGAGAGCCGGCUGCAGGAGCCAGAAAAAACACUCGACGUGAGAAUUUAAGGAAAGAAUCAGUUUUGCUGAACAGUGGUUUUAGUGUUGUGUAAAUUUUUGGUUUGGUUGAUGACAUUUUGGAAAUAAGUUUUCAAUUCUUGAGUGUGUGUGUGUGUGUGUGUGUGUGUGCGUGCCUGCGUGUGUGCGUGGAUGGAUUGUGGGACAACUCUGAACCACAGACAGUAAACAGAUCCCACUUCCCUUACACAGUAGAGCUCGAACACUUUAUCAGUUAGCUGCCAGUUAAAAGAAUGGCCAACGAAUCGAUGAAUCCGUUUGAGUAAAAGGAAGUUAAAACUCUGUGAUUCCAGCCUCUGAAAUGUGAAUAUUAUCUGGUGUCUUUACUCCUCUGUGAAAGUAAACUGAGGACGUCAUCUGGGACUUUGGGAAACACUCAGAGACAUUUUUCACCAUCUUCUGACAUUUUAUAGACCAAUGUAGUAAUUGAUUAAUCAAGGAAAUUAUCAGCAAAUUAAUAGACCGUGAAAAUAAUCAUUAGUUACAGCUGUACUACGUACUAUAGAAGCACCACACAAACUGAAAGCAGUUCGUUUUAAAGUUGUUUUGUGUCUUUCUGUGGUUAUUUUGCAUCUUCUUUGAAGUUUUUCCAGCCCCUUUGUUGUCAUUUUGUGACUCUUUGUAGUAGCUUUGCAUCUAUUUGUGUUUGUUUCACGUCUUUUUGUGUUCAUUUAGCAUCUCUCUCUAGUUGUAUUACAUCUCUGGUUGCAUUUUGCAUCUCUUUGUUGUAGUUUACGUCUUUUUGUGGUCAUUUUGCAUCUCUUUGAAGUUCUUUCUAGCCCCUUUGUUGUCAUUUUGUGACUCUAUGCAGUCGUUUUGCAUCUAUUUGUGUUAAUUUAGCGUCUCUCUCUAGUAGUUUUCUCACUUUGUAGCUAUUUCAGUCUUUUUGUGGUCAUUUUGCAUCUCUAUGAUUAUCCUGUGUGUCUUUUAUCGUAGUUUUGUGUCUAAUGUUUUGCAUUACUUUGAAGUUGUUUCCAGCCCCUUUGUCGUCAUUUUGUGACUCUUCGUAGUCGUUUUGCAUCUAUUUGUGUUUGUUUUACAUCUUUUUGUGUUCAUUUAGCAUCACUCUGUAGUUUUACAUCUCUGGUUGCAUUUUGCAUCUCUUUGUUGUAGUUUUCUCUAUUUGUGUCUCUCUGUAUGAUUGUCUUGUGUCUCUUUUAUUGUAGUUUUGUGUCUAAUGUUUUGCAUCUUCUCUGAAGUUCUUUUAAGCCCCUUUGUUGUUAUUUUUUGACCCUUUGUGUUUGUUUUGCAUCUUUCUGUAGUAGUUUUUUUCUCUUUUCGUAGCCAUGAACGUCUUUUCUGGUCAUUUUGAAUCUCUUCAUGAUUGUCCUGUGUCUCUUUUAUCGUAGUUUUGUGUCUUUGCAUCUUUGUAGUCAUUCUGUUUUCUCUUUGUUGUCAGUUUUCGUCUCUUUGUAGCCAUGUGCAUGGUCUGUCUUGGAGCUUUUCAUCUGACCUUAUGGUCGUUUUGCAUUUCUUUUAUCAUCAUUUUGUGUCUCUAUGGGUUUGCAUCUUUGUAGGUGCAUCUCUUUGAAGUUCUUUCGAGUCGCUUUGUGGUCAUUUUGCAUCCACUUGUGUUUGUUUUACAUCUUUUGUGUUCAUUUUGCAGCUCUUCAUGAUUGUCUUGUGUCUCUUUUGUCAUAGUUUUGUGUCUUUCUUGUCUUACAUCUCUGGAGGCGCUUCACAUCUCCUUGUCAGUUUGCAUCUCCUUGUAGUCAUUUUGUUUUCUCUUUGUUGUCACUGUUUGUCUCUUUGCUUCAUAUCUCUUCAUUGUAGUUUUAAGUAUUUUACCGUCAUUUUGUGUCUAAUGUUUUGCAUCUGUGGAGGCGUCUUGCAUCUCCUUGUGAAUUUGCAUCUCUUUUUAGUAAUUCUGUGUCUCUCUGUAGCUACUGGCUUUUCUGGUAGCUUUACAUCUCUUCGUGGUCGUUCUGUUUUGAGUGACUUUCUGCAGGUGAAGCAGAAGUGUCAGGUGCAGCUGUCUGUUGAAAAACUGCAGCCCAGUAGUCCCAUCGAGUAAUCCAUCCGUGUGUGUGUGUGUGUGUGUGUGUGUGUGUGUGUGUGUGUGUGUGUGUGUCUCUUUUCAGUUGAAAUUAUUUCUGGGAUCAACACAAUUUCAGUCUUUUUAUGUCUGCUCUUCACAGCGACUGUCUGGAAGUCAGCAGGUAGUUUGUGGAAAAUAAGAAAAGUUCAACAUGUAUUACAGCUUUUUUUUUUUUUGUAUUGUCACAAACAGCGACAACGGUCGAACACAAUUUCAUAUAAAAACUCUUCUACACUGA